CACAAGCCGCCUCCCCCCCUCUCUCUCUCUCUCUCUCUCUCUCUCUUCUCCUCUGCACUUUUCCGGUUCCGUUCGCCGGAGAAUCCACUCGCCGCCGGCGACUUGCUUGCUUCGUCCGAGCGCAACCGUGUUAGAGAAAGAUUUCCUGCCUGUUUUGUUGCGGACUGAGGUUGGUUGAAGCACCCGCGUGCAUGUUAAAACGUCGACGUUUUGCUGCGUCGAGCAAUCGGAGGAGAGUGUGGAAGCGGCGUCGUACGAUGUAGCUUGAUCGAUCGCGGACAUGGGGAGAGUGGUGGUAGGCUUGGCGGCGACUGUGGCUGUGACGGCUUGUGCGGUGGCGGCGGUGGUGGUGGGGAGAAGAGUCAGGAGUAGGAGGAAGUGGAGGAAAGUGCUCAAUGUGCUCAGGGAGCUUGAGGAAGGCUGUGAUACCACCGUUGGGAGGUUGAGGCAGGUGGUGGAUGCUAUGGCAGUGGAGAUGCACGCUGGUUUGGCUUCAGAAGGUGGUUCCAAGCUCAAAAUGCUUCUCACCUACGUUGAUAAUCUCCCUAAUGGGACCGAGAGGGGAACGUAUUAUGCACUGCAUCUUGGGGGUACCAAUUUCAGGGUCUCGCGGGUUCAUUUAAGUGGUCAAUCUUGCUCUGCCUUGGAACAUGAAGUAGAACGACAACCUAUUCCCCAACCUCUGAUGACUAGUAGAGGCGAGGAACUCUUUGAUUUUAUUGCUUCUUCGUUAAAGGAAUUCAUUGCUAAAGAAGGGGAUAGUUCCAAUAUUUCACAGGACUGCAGGGAACUUGGGUUUACAUUCUCCUUUCCUGUGAAACAAAUGUCUGUUUCAUCUGGCAUCUUAAUCAAAUGGACAAAAGCGUUUUCCAUUGCAGAUAUGGUAGGAAGAGAUGUUGCGGCAUGUUUGCAGGAAGCUUUGACUCGAAAAGGCCUAGAUGUCCGGGUAGCUGUCUUGGUUAAUGACACAGUUGGAACAUUAGCUCUUGGACAUUAUCAUGACACAGAUACUGUUGCUGCAAUUAUAAUUGGUACUGGUACCAACGCCUGCUAUCUGGAGCGAGUUGAUGCUAUCAUCAAGUCUCAGGGUCUUCUUACCUCAUCAGGAAGAAUGGUUGUCAAUAUGGAAUGGGGAAACUUUUGGUCAUCUCACUUACCAAGAACAUCAUAUGACAUUGAUUUAGAUGCUGAGAGCCCUAAUCCAAAUGAUCAGGGUUUCGAGAAAAUGAUAUCAGGAAUGUAUCUUGGUGACAUUGUUAGGAGAGUUAUUCUCAGGAUGUUAUUGGAAUCGGAAAUGUUUGGACCUAUUUCUUCCAAGCUCUCAACCCCUUUCAUACUGAGGACUCCAUUAAUGGCUGCUAUGCAUGAAGAUGAUUCUCCUGAUUUGGGGGAAGUUGCGAAAAUCCUUAAUGACGUUUUCGAGAUUCCAGAUGUUCCUCUGAAGGCAAGGAAAAUUGUGGUGAAGGUGUGUGAUGUGGUGACUCGAAGAGCCGCCCGAUUAGCAGCCGCCGGCAUUGUCGGUAUCUUGAAGAAGAUUGGUCGAGACGGGAGUGGUGGCAUCGCAGGUGGACGGAGUAGAAGUGACAUGAAAAUGAGAAGAACAGUUGUGGCCAUUGAAGGAGGAAUGUAUUCUAGCUAUCCAUUGUUUAGGGAGUACUUGCGUGAAGCUUUGAAUGAAAUAAUGGGAGAAGAUAUUGCUAAGCAUGUAGUUCUGAAAGUGACCGAAGAUGGAUCGGGUAUUGGGGCGGCACUGCUUGCAGCCUCCUAUUCAUCCUGAAAUGUGAAUAGGGUUGGUACACCUGCUAUAAAUUAUUUAUAUAUAUAUUGAUUGAAAUAUAUAUAUACACACAUAGCCCUGUAAAUUAUAUGUUCUUUCUAUUUUAUGUCUCUCUGUGUAAAGGAAGGUUUCGUCUAUUCUUUGAUCAAUGUUCAUUUAUAUAAUUAAUGUAAUUUUUUUUACUGGCAUGGAUUUCUUAUCAGUUGGUAAUUGGUAUUACUUAGA